AUGAAGUUCCUCUCCUCAAUUGCUGCGACGGCCAUGGUCGCUGCCGUCAUGGCCUCGCCCGUUCCUGCACCAGCCGAAGCAGGCCUUGAUGCCAGCAAGGAGAACCACGUCGAUGUAGCGGCUACCCGAAGCGGCUGGAUCUAUUCCAAGCGUGACUCUACAGAAGGAUCCGCUCCUGCUGAGGCCAACGCCAGCAAGGAGAACCACGUUGACGUGGCGGCCGAAGCGGCCGAGAACCAUGUUGACGUAGCUGCAACUCGAAGCGGCUGGCUCUAUGUCAAGCGUGACGAAGCUGUACCAGUCGAGGCCAACGAGAACCAUGUUGAUGUGGCCGCGACUCGCAGCGGUUGGCUCUACGUCAAGCGUGACUCCACGGAAGAGUCGAUUCCUGCCGAGUCAAAGUCUGAUGCCAGCAAGGAGAACCACGUUGAUGUGGCGGCUACACGAAGUGGCUGGCUCUAUGUCAAGCGUGAUGCUGCUCCUGCGGAGACGAACGAGAAUCACGUUGAUGUUGCGGCCACCCGAAGCGGAUGGAUCUAUUCCAAGCGUGAUGAGGCACAUGUCGAGGCGAAGGAGAACCAUGUUGAUGUGGCCGCUACUCGAAGCGGCUGGCUCUACGUCUAG